UUGAAACUUCAAUCAUGGCUCAUCCAGGCUCACUCGUACACAAAAAGAAAGAAUUUAUUAACAUGUCUGCCCCCCUGGGAUACGUCCCAGGGUUGGGUAGAGGUGCUACAGGUUUCACUACACGGUCUGAUAUUGGACCUGCUAGAGAAGCAACAGAGAAUAAUACAUGCUUGGAUUUUUCUAGCAGAAAGAAGUUGUGUUCUGCUCUUAUCCAGUGUAUAUUUGGCUAUGGUGCAUCCUCUUGGUAUGCUAGUCUGAAUAAAUCUCUGAAACGUAAAUUACAGCUUGAUAGAGAUUCUGCAAAUUUUUUAUUUAUAUAGUUCAAUGGGUAUUCAGGGAGUCUAUUCUCACGAGGUCCAUAUGAAAAAGAUGAUGAAGAAGCAGAUGCAAUCUAUGAUGCCAUUGACAAGAGGAUGGAUGAGAAGAGGAAGGAAAGAAGAGAGAAAAGACUACGUGAAGAAAUUGAAAAAUAUCGUCAAGAGAGGCCUAAGAUUCAACAGCAGUUUUCUGAUUUGAAGCGUAAGCUAGCUGAAGUAUCGGAAGAUGAAUGGACAAGUAUCCCGGAAGUUGGUGAUGCUAGAAACAAAGCUCAGAGAAAUCAACGUGCUGAUAAGAUCACACCGGUUCCAGACAGUUUCCUUGCCAAGCAUGCUGGUGGCCAGGACCAUCACACAGUUCUUGACCCCAUGCAACAGAAUUAUGGAGGUUUCCAAACACCAUAUCCUGGUUUGAUGUCGUCUGGUUUGAUGACCCCCUCUGGUGAAUAUGAUUUGAGGAAGAUAGGUGAAGCUAGAAACACCUUGAUGGAUGUACGACUCAAUCAGGUGUCUGAUUCCGUGAGUGGACAGACUGUGGUUGAUCCCAAAGGAUACUUGACUGACUUACAAAGUAUGCUGCCCUCUUACAGUGGUGAUGUGGCAGACGUCAAGAAGGCUCAUUUACUUUUGAAGAGUGUUCGUGAAACCAAUCCAAAGCAUCCACCAGCAUGGAUUGCCUCAGCUCGUCUUGAGGAGGUGACAGGUAAACUGCAGGCUGCCAGGAACAUCAUUAUGGAUGGCUGUGAGGCUUGUCCAAAGAGUGAAGAUGUGUGGUUAGAAGCAGCUAGGCUCCAGCCUGGUGACGCUGCUAAGGCAGUUAUAACCCAAGCAGCUAGGCAUCUUCCACAGUCUGUGAAAAUCUGGAUUAGGGCUUCUGACUUGGAAUCUGAAAUCAAACAGAAGAAAAGGGUUUUGCGUAAAGCACUGGAGCAUAUUCCAAAUUCGGUUAAGUUAUGGAAAGCAGCAGUAGAAUUAGAAGAUCCGACCGAUGCUAAGAUCUUGCUUGGUAGAUCUGUGGAAUGUUGUCCAACCAGUGUUGAACUGUGGUUGGCACUAGCUAAACUGGAGAAUUAUGACAAUGCUAGGAAAGUGUUGAACAAAGCACGUGAGAACAUUCCUACUGAUCGGCAGAUCUGGAUCACCGCCGCCAAACUUGAAGAAGCCAAUAACAACUCUCAGAUGGUGGACAAAAUUAUUGACAGAGGAGGCCUUCUAGUUCAUGGUAGUGGUUUUUGGGAUAUUAUUGCGUUCCAACGGAACUCAGAGAGUCGGAUCUGUUGCAGUUCUAUACUCUUUGCUAUAAGUACAUAUAGGUCAAAAAGCAUGGUAGCUGUGCCAGAGUCAUUGGAGAAUCUGUUGCAGAGAGCUGUAGCACAUUGCCCUAAAGCUGAAGUACUGUGGCUGAUGGGAGCCAAGUCCAAGUGGCUCGCAGGGGAUGUGCCUGCUGCUAGGAGUAUCCUGGCUUUAGCUUUCCAAGCAAAUCCUAACAGUGAGGAGAUCUGGCUUGCAGCUGUCAAGCUUGAGAGUGAGAAUAAUGAAGACGAGAGAGCUAGACUUCUUUUGGCCAAGGCUAGGAGGCAAGCACCUACGGCCAGGGUAAUGAUGAAAUCUGUUAAGUUAGAAUGGCAGUUAAACAACAUGACCAAAGCCAAAGAUCUACUUGAGGAAGGUGUCAAAGCUUAUCCAGACUUUGCUAAACUGUGGAUGAUGAAGGGACAGAUUGAGGAGCAGUUAGGGAACAGAGACAUGGCACGCAAAGCUUAUCAGCAAGGUUUAAAGAAAUGCAGUCAAGCAGUUCCUCUGUGGUUACUUGGUGCUAGAUUGGAAGAGAAGGUGGGAAACUUGACAAAGGCCAGGGCCAUAUUAGAGAAAGCCAGGCUAUCCAUUACACAGUGCCCAGAGUUAUGGUUAGAAGCAGUUAGGAUGGAAGACAGAGCAGGCAACAAGAACAUUGCUCAGUCCACUUUAGCAAAGGCAAUGCAAGACUGUCCAAAUUCUGGAAUCUUAUGGGCUGAUGCAAUUUUUAUGGAAGCAAGACCACAGAGGAAGACCAAGAGUGUUGACGCUUUGAAGCGAUGUGAACAUGACCCUCAUGUACUGUUGGCUGUCUCAAGAUUGUUCUGGAGUGAACGUCGAACGAACAAAGCACAGGAGUGGUUUGAGCGAACCAUUAAGAUUGAGCCAGAUCUGGGGGAUGCUUGGGCGUAUUAUUACAAAUUCCAACUGUUACAUGGAACUGAAGAAAAACAAGAAAGUGUGAAGAAACGAUGUGUUGAUGCUGAACCUCACCAUGGACAAGUGUGGUGCACUUUUUCCAAGAACAUUAAAAACUGGAGAUAUAAAACUGACAAACUCCUUCCAAUGGUUGCCGCCUCACUGUCUUUUAAUACUUAGAUAAAUAAAAGAUAAGCGUCCUAACUGCUGGAAAAAGAAUUGGUUUACAAGCUCGGGGAAAGAAAAUGGACUUAUCAUGUUAAUCAUGCUCAUUAAUUUUGUACAGUAUAAAAAACACAGAACAAAAAUCUCAUAAUGUGUAUAUAUUGAAAAAGAAGACUGCAUAAAUGGUAGCGGUUGUUUUAGCAGUUUGCACUUCAGGAUCUGAAAUGUGAGGCUGUGGGUUCAAAUUCAAAAUGUUGAUAUUUACUGUUGUGAAAGGCUUUUUUAUAUUAUUAUUCACACUAUCACAUUAACGAUGCUCAAAAAAUGGCCUUUUCAAACAUAUAUUUCCGGCUCCUCCUUUAUCCUAAUUAUUACCUCUGCUUUGCAGCAUAGCAUUCUACUAUGAAUAAUUAAGGAUUGUUUAACACUAUUUUCUCGAUACUCUCCAGUGGUGACUUCAGAAAUUUGCCGACAUGGGGUCUGACAUGUCCAAACCAAGGGGCCAGCUCUAUCCUAGACAUAAACGUCAAUUUCGACCAAAACAGCAUUUUUGAAAAAAAAAUGCGUUUGAAGUGGACUAGUUCAUAAAACCCUAAAUUUCACUAUCAAGAUAUCAAAAUUUUAGAUAUUAUUUUACAUAUGUUUAAAUAUAAAUCAUUAAACAAUUCAAAUGUGAAAUUUAUUUUUAACCAUAAUUAACCUGUUAAUUAGCAUGAAAUGUUUUGUGUCUCACAAGUCUCAUUUUACAGACUGUACAGGCUCCUUUGUCAAACACAAACUGUAUUUUAGCCUAUGUUUUACCAUUGUGUUAAAGGGUGAUUAUAGGCCUACAAACUAGGUUUAUCCUGCUUAAAACAUUAUGUAUUUACUUUGUCUAGGAAAGUUAGGGAAUCUUAUAUUUACAACGGUAGAUUUUGAUGUACAAAAUGAAAAUGUCAAUAGAAAAACAAAUUGAAAAAAUAUAAUUUUAAAAUUUGCUUCUCUUUGAGGUGUCGGUGACUAAUUAAUCCGUGAUUGGUCUAUGUUACAAUAGCAUUGUUUAUAUUGUACAGUAUGCAACUUGGAGCUGCCAUUUUUGUUCACGUUCAACAAUAAAUAUGUUAUGUAAUCCACAUGCGUUCUCAUACUUUUUUGUAUGAUAUGCAUAUACAUACAUAUAUAUAUAUACAUAUAUAUAUAUAUAUACAUAUACAUAUAUUGAAUGAUCAAAGAAUUUCAUCUGGUAUUGUUGAUGUAAUAUAUAUGAACAGUGCAUAUUAUGGUACCAGUCCAGUCUAUUGCCUACGUCAAAAUUCCAAGGUGUGAAAAUGAAGAUUGUUCAUAAGCUAUAAUACAAGUGGUAAGCCAUACAAUGUUU